AGUGUGGAACAAUAUGGCAGCGAUGGCAGCCAGAUAAAGAGUUGAUAAUCUGAAUAUGGACUAGGAAAUCAUUAUCAUACCAUAAGUGAAGAGAUGCAUGGAAGAAUCAAAGUGCGCACAACAGCUGAACAAGCUGAAGCAAAGAGAAAAGAAAGGGAAAAGAAACUGAAGAUUUAUACAGAAACAACAAGUCGCAUCUAUCAAAAGAGAAAGAAUGGAGAAAUGGACAAAGAAUCUCUGUCUUUGUCUGAACAGGUCCUUGCAGCUAACCCAGACUUUUCAACUCUGUGGAACUUCAGGAGAGAGGUUUUCCUGCAUAAGAAAGAUGAAAGUCCACCAGAAGAGAUACAAGACCUUUGCCAGAAGGAGUUGUUUUUCCUCAAGAACUGUCUCCAGGUGAACCCAAAAUCAUAUGGUGUCUGGUACCACAGACAAUGGAUCAUGGAAUUCAUGCCUCAGCCAAACUGGAAGGAAGAAUUACAACUUUGCAACAAGUUUCUAUCAUAUGAUGAAAGAAACUUUCACUGUUGGGAUUACAGACGAUACACAGUACAGAAAGCAAAUGUAUCUCCCAUGGAUGAAUUCAACUUUAGCACCGAGAAGAUCAAGGAGAAUUUUUCUAAUUAUUCCUCAUGGCAUUACCGUAGCAAACUUCUUCCAUUGAUUCAUCCUGAUCAGAGUGGAGGCAGUGAGAGAGUGGAAGAGGGAGCACUCAUGAAAGAAUUUGAUCUUGCUCAAAAUGCAUAUUUCACUGACCCCUAUGAUCAGAGUGCAUGGUUCUAUCACAGAUGGCUUUUGGGGAGAGCCAGACCGCAGAUGAACAUUUUGUGUCUGUAUGUGAGGUGUGAUGAUUCACAUACAACAGUCAUUGUGAAGUUUUCUCAGCCAAUACAGGUUCCCAAAGAAGAUCCACAUGUUUCUGUUGGUGGAGAGGAGAUCCAAGGACAAUGGAACAACUGUUACUGCAACAGUCAUCCUUCUACAGUCUGGAUUUACAGCUGUACUGAUAGUCAACUGAAUUUUCCAAAUGAAACAACAGUUGAGGUGAAAUUUAUGGGUGGUAAACUGGAGAGAUCUGUGGCAUUGUGAAGAGAUCGGAGCUCACAGCUGUUC